GAUUGGUGGACGGCUGCGGUAUAUAUCCGCCAGCCUCCACUUCCACCUUCUCGCCAGUGGAAUUUCAUCAGAGCUUCUGCACCUUCAGGGCAGACGAGGAAAUCAAAAUAAGCAAAAGCUGGCAGGCUGACAAGCUGACAGCUUUACAGGACGGAUAAUCUGGUAACUGACCAUUUAGCUGGGCACCCUCGGACUCUGUGUUGACGCGAUAUUCACCAUGAGCUCAGUCGCUGUACUCACCCAGGAGCGCUUCAACGAGCACCGCAGCGGCCUGCUGACGGAGCAGAGCGGCGGAGCUGCAGGAGGAGCCAGCGGAGAGGAGGAGGCUCUCCCCACCUACAAGGAUGCCUUCCCCCCGCUGCCCGAGAAGGCGGCCUCCCCCGAAGGCACCCAGGAGACCGCCAACGCCUGGACCUCCAAGCUCCGCCCCCUCAAGUCGUCCGUCAUCACCCAGGUGUUCCACGUGCCCCUUGAGGAGCGCAAGUACAAGGACAUGAACCAGUUCGGGGAGGGGGACCAGGCCAAGGUGUGCGUGGACAUCAUGCACAAGACUGGCGCCCACCUGGAGCUGUCCAUGGCCAAGGACCAGGGCCUGUCCAUCAUGGUGUCCGGGAAGCUGGACGCCGUCAUGAAGGCCCGCAAGGAGAUCGUGUCCCGACUGCAGACUCAGGCGUCCUCCACCGUGGCCAUCCCCAAGGAACACCAUCGCUACGUCAUCGGGAAGAGUGGGGAGAAGCUCCAGGAACUCGAGCUCCGGACCGCCACCAAGAUCCAGAUCCCGCGUCCCGACGACCUCAGCAACCAGAUCAAGAUCUCUGGCACCAAGGAGGGCUUGGAGAAGGCCAAGCACGAGAUCCUGCUGAUCUCCGCUGAGCAGGACAAGCGUGCGGUGGAGAGGGUGAGCAUCGACAAGGUGUACCACCCCUUCAUCACCGGUGCCUCCAACAAGCUGGUCCUGGAGAUGAUGGCUGAGACGGGCGCGCGCAUCAACGUGCCGCCGCCCAGCGUCAACAAGACGGAGAUCGUCAUCACCGGGGAGAAGGAGCAGGUGGCCCUCGCCGUGGCCAUGAUCAAGAAGGUCCACGAGGAGAAGAAGAAGAACACCACCACCAUCGCCGUGGAGGUGAAGAAGUCUCAGCACAAGUACGUGAUCGGGCCCAAGGGGAACACCCUGCAGGAGAUCCUGGAGAAGACGGGCGUGUCGGUGGAGAUCCCUCCGUCCGACAGCGCCCUGGAGACCGUGAUCCUGCGCGGGGAGCCCGACCGCCUGGGACAGGCCCUCACGGAGGUCUACGCCAAGGCCAACAGCUACAGCGUGUCCACUGUGUCCGCUCCCUCCUGGCUCCACCGCUUCAUCAUCGGCAAGAAGGGGCAGAACCUGGCCAAGAUCACCCAGCAGAUGCCCAAGGUGCACAUCGAGUUCACGGAGGGAGAGGACAGGAUCACUCUCGAAGGCCCCACCAAAGACCUGCAGAUGGUGCAGCUGGAGAUCGAAGCCAUGGUCCUUGAUCUGGGGAACCGUAUGGAUUACACCGAGAUUAGCGUGGAUCCCAAGUUCCACCGACACUUGAUCGGCAAAGGAGGAGCCAACAUCAACCGCAUCAAGGAGCUGCACAAGGUGACGGUCCGCAUCCCCCCCGACAACGAGAAGAGCACCCUGAUCCGCAUCGAGGGGGACCCCCAGGGGGUUCAGGACGCCCGGAAGGAGCUGCUGGAGCUGGCGUCACGCAUGGAGAACGAGCGCACCAAGGACCUGAUCAUUGAGCAGCGGUUCCACAGAGCCAUCAUCGGCCAGAAGGGGGAGAAGAUCAAAGAAGUUCGUGACAAAUUCCCAGAGGUCAUCAUCAACUUCCCCGACCCUGCCCAGAAGAGCAACAUCGUUCAGCUGCGCGGGCCGCACACGGAGGUGGAGAAAUGCUUCAAGUUCAUGCAGAAGGUGGUGGCUGAAAUGGUGGAGAACGGCUACACCCUCCUGGUCCCCAUCUUCAAGCAGUUCCACAAGAACAUCAUCGGAAAGGGAGGAGCCAACAUCAAGAAGAUCCGUGAGGAAACUAACACCAAAAUCGACCUGCCUGCCGAGAACAGCAACUCUGAGAUGAUCGUCAUCACCGGCAAGAGACCUGCCUGUGAAGCCGCAAGAACCCGCAUCCUGGCAAUCCAGAAAGAGCUGGCCAACAUCACGGAGCUGGAGGUGUCCAUCCCCUCCAAGCUCCACAACUCCCUGAUCGGCUCCAAGGGGCGCUUCGUGCGCUCCAUCAUGGAGGAGUGCGGAGGCGUGCACAUCCACUUCCCCACCGAGGGCUCGGGCGUCGACAAGGUCACCAUCCGCGGGCCGGCUGAGGAGGUGGAGAAGGCCAAGCAGCAGCUGCUGGCCCUGGCCGAGGAGAAGCAAAUCAAGAGCCACACGGCGGAGCUGCGCGCCAAGCCGGAGUACCACAAGUUCCUGAUCGGGAAGGGCGGCGGGAACAUCCGCAAGGUGCGUGACAGCACGGGGGCGCGGAUCAUCUUCCCCACGGCGGAGGACCAGGACCAGGAGCUCAUCACGGUGGUGGGCACGGAGGAGGCUGUGAAGGAGGCCACCAAGGAGCUGGAGGAGCUCAUCAGGAGUCUGGACAACGUGGUGGAGGACACCAUGAGCGUGGACCCCAAGCACCACCGCUACUUCGUGGCGCGCCGCGGCCAGGUGCUGCGCGACAUCGCCGACGAGUACGGCGGUGUGAUGGUCAGCUUCCCCCGCACGGGCUCCCAGAGCGAGAAGGUCACGCUGAAGGGCGCCAAGGACUGCGUGGAGGCGGCCAAGAAGCGCAUGCAGGAGAUCAUCGAGGACCUGGACGCCCAGGUGACCAUCGAGUGCGUCAUCACGCAGCGGUUCCACCGCUCCAUCAUGGGCCCCAAGGGGUCCCGCAUCCAGCAGAUCACCAAAGACCACAACGUGCAGAUCAAGUUCCCCGACCGCGAGGACCCCAACGCUCCUCCUCCUCCCGCUCCUGCUCCUCCUGCCGAGGCGGUGAUCCAGGAGAACGGGGAGGUGCCCGACGGCGAGGUGAAGGUGGAGCCGCCCGUCGUGGACCCGGCCGCGCCCAAGAAGUGUGACGUCAUCGUGAUCUCCGGCCGCAAGGAGCGCUGCGAGGCCGCCGUGGAGGCGCUGAAGGCCUUGGUCCCGGUCACCACCGAGGUAGAAGUGCCUUUCGACCUCCACCGCUACAUCAUCGGGCAGAAGGGGAGCGGGAUCCGCAAGAUGAUGGACGAGUUCGAGGUCAACAUUCAAGUGCCUUCUCCGGAGUUGCAGUGUGACAUAAUCUCCAUCACGGGCCUGGCCAAUCACCUGGACCGAGCCCGCGAGGGCCUGCUGGAGCGUGUCAAGGAGCUGCAGCUGGAGCAGGAGGACAGGGCUCUCAGGAGCUUCAAGCUGACCAUCACUGUGGAUCCAAAGUAUCACCCCAAGAUCAUCGGCCGCAAGGGAGCCGUGAUCACCACCAUCCGAACUGAGCACGACGUCAACAUCCAGUUCCCCGAGAAGAACGACGAGAACCUGGACCAGAUCAGCAUCAUGGGCUAUGAGCCCAACGCCAUUGCGGCGCGUGACGCGAUCAAGGCCCUGGUGGACGAGCUGGAGGAGUUGAUCUCAGAGGAGAUAACGCUGGACAGCCGCGUCCACGCACGCAUCAUCGGGGGCCGCGGGAAGGGCAUCCGCAAGAUCAUGGAAGAGUUCAAGGUGGACCUGAAGUUCCCCCAGAGCGGGUCCCCCGACCCCAACCUGGUGACGGUGACGGGGCGCCCGGAGCUGGUGGACGAGGCCAUCGACCACCUGCUGAACCUGGAGGAGGAAUACCUGGGCGACGUGGCGGAGAAGGAGGACAACAUGACGUACAUGCGGUCCUCCGGCGGCGGCAGUGCGUCGUCCGGGGACGAGCCCCGGGGCCCCUCCAAGGGCUUCGUGGUGCGUGAGGCCCCCUGGACCACCGGCACCGAGAAGGCUCCCGACAUGAGCAGCUCCGAGGACUUCCCGAGCUUCGGCGCUCCGGUGGCGGCCAAGGCGUCCCCCUGGGGACCCAAGCGCUUCUAACGCCCGGAACGCCCGCUCUCCAAGGAACCGCAAAGAAGUCCAGUCCCCUGACCUCCGGCCCCCCCCCUCUCUCUAUCGUCAUGGUGACCUGGACUGACCGCUGACCCCCUGACGACCCUCUUCAGUCCAACCCACCUGGUCCGAAGUGCUUUUCCAUAAGCUGUAAUGACUCUAAGCUCUGUGUCUAAUACUGUCAACUGUCCGUAGGAAAGCCAUGGUUUAGUCUGUAAACAAUCAGCCGCCUAUCACUACCUUUUAUCUAUCUCUAGACCGUGCAUUUCAUUGUGGUUUCAAAAGUCGUUAUAUACCAAAAUUUUAAGAUGAGAGGACAACUUUGGGAAUUGACUAACAAAAGAAAACCUAACGGAUCCCGAGCUGUCGUUCUUAGUUGCCUUUGCAGGGUGGGGCGGCGGCGGUUUUAAAGUAUUUCAACAUGGCCGACCCGGUGCGGUCUGUGGCUCCGCCCCCUCCUGCCAAUCCCGAUGUAGCCGAGUGAAUCGUGUCGUUGUCGUCGAGCACAGCUCCUUCCCUACGGUCUCGUUGAUCCCUCCGUCUGCUUCUGGGUAGUGUGGUCGAGCAGUGUUGCACAUCGUGUGUACCGCCUUAUCAAAACACUCAACGUUGACUUUAUUUUCCGACGCACGGGCUAUCGUUUCGUUGCGACCGCGGCGGAACGGCUCACAUCCUCAUACUGCCAGAUAUCGGAGGCUCCGAUGGGAACCUCGACUGCAAUGAGACCGCACGUCAACAGAACAAACUCCCCCGUUCCCCUCCAUCUCCCCCCCCCCCCCCCCCACGCACUAUCAUGCGUUUUUGUAUUUUGCUGAAACAUUCAAAAUGGUGUCCGUUUACUUUUUAAAAAAACAAUCUGAUCAUGUCCGAGCUAAGUGUAGACCCCUCCCUCCACCAGCCCCCCCCUCCCCCCCUGUACCCCUUCCCCUGUGCCAACGAUGUCCCCGUGUGAUGUUCCUGUGUGAUCUGUGUUUCCACAUCCUUGGUAUUGGGUCAGUGUCCAGUCCGUUUGUCUUCCGUCUGCUAUGCAGUUUUGUUUGAACCUAGCAAUGGCCCUCUCUCUAUUAGCCUUAUCGCUAGAAUGAUCCGAGCAGGACGGAGUGAGUGCGGACUAGACAGGGGGAGGGGGGUUCACUUUGAAGGCGCACCUGAAACGUCCGCUAAACGUUCCCGUUUGUACAAGCUUUUGGAAACGUCGGGGCCUCCCCUGGUUCAGAUUUCGCUGUCGUUCUGAGGAUGAGAUGUGACUGUGAGCUGCUAUUACAAGUAUUAACAGCCACCCCAUUUUGGCUUUUAUCAUUCUAGCCCUGAAUGAAAGAUUAUGCAAAUAAAAAGUGAACGAUUUAUGGACGACACUGGAAAUGAAAUUGUCCAAAAAAAUACAAUAAAAAUUGAAAAUCCUUCUUGUGCCCUCA